AAAAAUGUGGUGCGGUGUUUCAUGCGGGUGUUUUCGUAGAAUUAUUGAGCAUUUGCCUCGUUUUUUUGUCAUAGCCAAAGACAGCGGGCUUUCCUUUUAGCAGUGAAGAAAAAAAUUAACUUUAUCUAAUAAAAUGUUAAACUGGGAACUGUUAUUUCCUCACGCUUGUUUACUCCGGAACCCUUUUGCAGCGAGACCAAGCAAUGCAACGCCGUGCAAUCUCUGUGACACGCAGGUGUAAACAGUUGUGAGCGGGUCAACGCAGUUGCUAAUUUUUUUUUUUCUUUGCUUAACUAACUAAAAUAUGUCGAUUUUCACACCAACUAACCAGAUUCGGCUCACAAAUGUGGCUGUCGUGAGAAUGAAAAAAGGAGGAAAGAGAUUCGAGAUCGCCUGCUAUAAAAAUAAAGUGAUGAACUGGAGGGCUGGGGUUGAGAAGGACCUCGAUGAAGUCCUGCAAACCCAUUCCGUUUUUGUAAACGUCUCAAAAGGACAAGUGGCAAAAAAGGAAGACUUUGUCAAAGCAUUUGGUACAGAUGACCUGACAGAAAUAUGUAAACAAAUCCUGGCAAAAGGUGAACUUCAAGUUUCAGACAAGGAACGGCACACACAACUGGAGCAGAUGUUCAGAGAUAUUGCAACUAUAGUUGCAGAAAAAUGUGUGAACCCAGAGACCAAGAGACCCUACACAGUCAAUCUGAUUGAGCGAGCAAUGAAGGACAUCCACUACUCUGUCAAAGCCAACCAGAGCACCAAGCAACAGGCUCUGGAAGUGAUCCGGCAGCUGAAGGAGUCCAUGCAGAUUCAGCGUGCACACAUGAGGCUGCGGUUCAUGCUGCCAGCGAAGGAGGGGAAGAAACUGAAGGAGAAACUCAAACCACUCAUCAAAGUGAUCGAGAGCGAAGACUUCGACGAGCAGCUAGAAAUGGUGUGUCUGAUUGACCCCGGCUGCUUCAGGGAGGUUGACGAGCUGAUCCGCUGUGAAACGAAGGGGAAAGGCACGUUGGAGGUGCUCAGUCUGAAAGAUGUGGAGGAAGGGGAGGAGAAGUUUGAGUGAAAACAACCAGCCUGCAUGCUUCCCCACACUACAGCCGCUAUACACAGCUUGUGCUCCCAUUAAAAUGGAAACCUUAUAUAUGGAUGGAAAUGUUUUAUUGCUGUGUUGAAUGCAAAAAAAAAAAUCCUCAUUCCAUUAUUAACAAAGUUGGUUUCCCAGUGUUGCUACAUAAAAUGUAUUGAAGUAUUUUUUGUAGAAGUACGGUGUGUAUUUUUAAUAGCGCUUACCCAUCAGUCUUAUACUUCUUUAUCAGUGGCAAUCGCCAUUCUCCCAUACAUUUCAGUAAGGUUUUGGACAGUUCACAUGAUCCUCUUAUUUGUAAUGUACUGGUUUGUUAUAAAUCAAGGUGCAGUAAGUAUGGGUGAGCAGAUGCUCUUAGACUGUGGGAAACUACACUGAGGAUAUAGGAUAAACUUGUUGCCACUUUUUCUCAUUUUCUUUAUGCUUCCUUCUGAUGUAUUAUUAUUAGUGGAGUUAAUAAUACAAAUACUAUUAAGAAAUGGCGCAACUUGUAAUGUGGUUAUGCUGCUUUACAUUGGGGUGUAAGAAUUAAUUUAAUUUUACAAUUAGUCAACCCUUUAUGAAAGGAGCACUCAAAUGGUACAUUCCCCAUGUUAAAUAACCUUUGGUUGUUUUAAAGCAGUACAAGUAAACCAUGUCAUGCCUUCCACUUUUGUGUUUUCAGUAUAAAUCUUCUCACAUGAUUAGCCAGACUAAGUAAUAUAAAGAGAUUCCUGGUGCUGGUUAGUACUACUGACUGAAAUGGAUGUAUUACAUGAAUCCCCAAAGUACAUUUGAAUUGAAUGGUAAUGCAGGCCUAUUAAGAGGAUGCUGUACAUUAUGCAGUGCAGAAACGUGUAGAGUUUAAUGCAAAUGGAAACCUGCAGUUUAUAAGUUUGUAUUUCAACUAAUACCAUUUAUAUUACUUAUUUAAAAAAUGCCAAAAUGUGUUUCUUUUGUAAACCUCACUGCUCUUAAAUAAAACAAGAUAACAUAGAA